AUGACCGGCGCGCCGCGCGACCCCUUCUACUCCUCUCCGUUCGGUCCGUUUUACCGGAGACACGCGCCCUACCCGGUGCAGCCGGAGUACCGGAUGCACGAGCUCAACAAAGGCCUCCAGUCCCGGCCUGAGGACUGUGAUAUUCUGUGGUGGGAUGCAUUCUGCACUGAGUUCUUUGAAGAAGAUGCCACGCUGACUCUCUCAUUUUGCCUGGAGGAGGGACCCAAGACAUACACCAUCGGGCGCACCCUGAUCCCUCGUUACUUCAGUUCUCUGUUCGAAGGAGGAGUCUAUGAGUUGUUUUUUGAGCUGAAACAAACAAAGGAGUCGUUCAACAACUCAACUAUUACUGUCGACUCUCAUCACUGUACAAUGACAACACAACAUGGCAAACCUACAUUCACUAAGGUCUGUACAGAAGGUCGUCUGAUUCUUGUGUUCACUUUUGAUGACCUCAUGAGAAUCAAAACAUGGCACUUCACUAUCACACACUACAGUGAGCUCAUUCCCCGCAGUGUCUUGGCUGUUAAUGCACAAGACCCUGGAGCUCUGGAACAACUGUCCAAAAACAUCAGUCGAGUGGGACUUACCAACCUCACACUGAACUACCUCAGAUUGUGUGUGAUUCUAGAGCCGAUGCAGGAGCUCAUGUCUAGGCAUAAGACGUAUGGACUGAGUCCCAGAGACUGUCUGAAGACCUGCCUCUUUCACCAGUGGCAGAGGAUGACAACACCACCAGUUGGACCCUCACCAAACUUCAAGACAGAAAUAUUUCCCACUAAUUCCAAAAAAUCAGAGCCAGCCAAACCAGCAGCAAAGAGAAGGAGGAGGAGGAACUCAGCUGGUAGCGCAUCUAAUAACAGCACAGGAAACAGCAAGAAGCGCAGCCCAGCCAAUAACUUCAGCCUACCCUCACAGGAUGUGAUGUUGGUAGGGGAGCCCUCUCUAAUGGGAGGGGAGUUGGGUGACGUGGACGAGCGUUUGAUCACACGCCUAGAGAAUGAACAAUUCGACCCUGUCAACGGUCUCCAUGAUGACGGUCUCCAUGACUUCGCCAACUCACCGACACUUGGAAACGGCAGCUCCUGGAAUGGCCAGCACCCUAGCAACCAGGACAGUAAGCCUGAUACCAUGGCAACGCAGCAGUUGGAGUAAUGUGAUCUGACAGUGGGUAGCUAUGGCAACGGUGCUGUCAAGGGAUGGGGGUAUUUUCAACUGUAAAGGAGACAUUGCUGGAGAGAAGGUGUGUGUGUGUGUAUGUGUGUGUGUGUGUGUGUGUGUGUGUGUGUGUGUGUGUGUGUGUGUGUGAGUGUGUUUGCAUGCUUGCGUUUAUGUUACAGUAUUCCACACUUGAGACAUACAGCUUCAACCAUUUAGUUUAUGUAUUCAAAACAAAAACAAAACACUGCAAGCCUUGUUAAUAUACAGAUAUUAAUCAAUUUCAUAUCAACAUUUUUCAACCCUUUUUUUUAAAGCUCAGUGGAUGUGUUGGCUUCAUUCUGUACCACAAUGGUUUGGUUUCUCUUCAACAACUUGAUGAAAAAAGUCCCAUUGUGAACGCUAUUUUUCAGCCUAAACGCAGAUAUCUUUAUUGCUCUAAAGUUUAAUGCAUAUUGUAAAAAACAUUCAUAUUUGUGCUGUAGUUGUGUAUUUUAUGUAUGGUUUUCAAUAAUUUGCAUUAAUAAAAUGUGUUUGGUUAU